CAACAACAUCGAUAUCGUCAGGAGUAACAAAUAUUCGCAGGAUUUUUCGUCAUCACUGGCAUUCAUUGAUGAGCAUGAUGACAUGGUAUCCGCAACACCAUCCCACGUAGUUUCCACACCAACAUCACUGGGGCCCAGCAACACGUUAUCCUUGGCAAAUGGCAACAACAACAACAACAACAAAAUCAAUUCCAGGCUAGCUGUUGAUACCAAUAACAUCUUUACUUCACGUUUCAUUCGCUCUCUGGAGAGUGGCAGUAGUAGCAGUAGUGGCGGAGGUGGCAGCAGUACCAGCUCGAGCUCAUUCACAUCUUCUUCGACCGGACCAUCUGGUUUUAUGAAUAUCAACAAUCAAAAUUUGGAUGUCGGUCUAGCCAAUAACAUCGAAUGCCCCAGCUUUGAUGAGAGUUCAGCAUGUCCUUGUUAUAAAUUUGAAGAUGGCCUCUUUCUCGAGUGUCCCGGUACAACGGCGAUAUCGUUGCGUUCCACACUGGAACGAAUAUCAUCGCCCAUCCAUUCGUUGUCAAUUUAUGAUUUUGAUCGUUCGGUCACGUCUCUAUCGCAGGAUGUCUUCCAGCCAGGUGUCAAUAUAAGACAUUUACAGUUUUCACAUUCGCAUUUGGAAACGUUGAAAGAUAAUAGUCUCAAGAAUGUACGUGCAUCGUUGGAAUCGUUGAGCAUCGUUAAUGGUAAAUUAACACAGCUACCAUCACGUGCCCUCAAUUCCAUGCAAAAAUUGAGCGCCCUAGAUUUUGAUUACAAUGAAAUUGAGAAAAUCGAAGACUACAGUUUCUACGGCCUACGUCUUUCCAAAUUGAAUAUGAAAGGCAAUCGCUUGCAAAGCAUUCCAGAACAUGCCUUUGUGGGCUUGGAAGAGUCUAUGCAAGAAAUUGAUUUGUCCGAAAACAGUUUGAGAUCCUUUCCAAUGAUGGCCUUAAGAAAAUUGGAUUAUUUGCGAAUUCUGCGACUGUCGAAUAAUAAAAUUUCAACAUUUUACGGGGAUAUUCAAUUGGUGACGAAUAAUGCAACGGCUGCAUCAGCAUUACGACUACCUUCACUGACAUUUUUGGAUUUGAGUUCAAAUAAAUUCACGGAAAUUCUGGACGACUGCUUUCGUACAUUUCCCCAGUUGAAAACGUUGUCAAUGUAUGCAAAUCAAAUUGAGACGGUGCAGGCGGAUGCUUUUAAGAGUUUGAAGGAAUUGAUGUCUUUGGAUAUGUCACACAAUCGAAUUAUAUCUUUGGAUUCCAAAAUAUUCGAUAAAAAUAAACGUUUGCAAACGGUGGAUUUGAGCCACAAUCACAUCCACUCGAUAAGUGGGGUGUUUUCGAAUUUGCCGCAUUUACGUGAGAUUUUUCUCUCAGAAAAUAAUAUUUUGGAAUUGCCCGCGGAUGCCUUUACAAAUUCCUCGAAUGUGGAGGUGAUAUAUUUGGAGUACAACGCCAUUGCCCAUGUGGAUCCAAAUGUGUUUUCUUCGUUGGUAAAUUUGGAUCAUUUAUAUUUGAGGGCGAAUUUUAUACCCCUCCUGCCGGUUACUUUGUUGGAUAAGUGUCAGAAAUUGAGUUCCCUGUCCUUGGAUGACAAUGAAAUCCAGGAUUUGGAAAUUGGUAUGUUUCGUAAAUUGGAAUUUUUGAGAGAGGUCCGCUUGCACAACAAUCGCAUAAGGCGUAUAAGGAAGGGAGUGUUUGAACCUCUGCCCACGUUGCAGGAGUUGCAUGUGCAGAAAAAUAAUAUUGAGGAUAUUGAACCGGGAGCAUUUCAAACUUUGUAUAAUUUGCAGCACAUAAAUCUACAGGAUAAUCAAUUGACAGUGCUAGAGGAUAUUUUCCCCAAGGAGGCCAACAAUUCGUCGCUGCUCACCAUUCAGCUGGAGGCGAAUUAUUUAAAUAAAAUCCAUGUAAAAACAUUCCGGAGGCAGGAUAAAAUCCAAAUCAUGUGGUUGAGUCACAAUGAAUUGUCUCGAGUGGAAAAAUCCAUGUUCGAGGAUCAGGUGGAUCUGGCACGCCUCUAUUUGAAUCACAACUUUAUACGGGACAUUGAUCGUGACACAUUUGGCAAACUGAAGGAUCUGAAAUUUCUCGAUAUGAGUUGGAAUCGCUUGAAACAGCUGAGAAGAGAUUACUUUGGAGCCCUGCAAAAUGUGGAGGAACUGCUGUUGGCCCACAAUUUCAUCGAGGCCAUUGAGGGUUAUGCCUUCAAUAAAUUGAAAAAUCUGAAAAUAUUAGAUCUCUCUCAUAACCCUUUGCAUCAAAUCACCAACGAUGUGUUCAUGGAAGAUUUAUCGCUGACCCAUUUGAAUUUGAAAAAUACCUCUUUAAGGAAAAUCGAAACCAAUACCUUUAAGUCGCUACAAAAUCUCAAUGAACUUAAUUUGGAGCUUAACUAUCUCUUGCCGUCCGAUAUACAAAAACUAGAGUUACCAGGUUUACGCACUUUAUAUCUAUCGCACAAUGACUUCACCAAUCACAUGGAAGCAAUGGCCAGCAUGUUUGAUAAGCUGAGAUCGCUGCAGCACCUGACCAUGGCCAAUUGUUCACUUAGCGCCCUACCCGAGGAUAUGUUCAACAAAAACACCAAUCUGGUUAAAUUGGAUCUGUGCGACAACCAGCUGACCAAAAUGACCCGCAAUCUUUUCAAUGGCCUGAAUGUCUUCAAGGAAUUGCGGCUAUGUCGCAAUCAUUUAAUGGAAUUUCCCCAUGUGGCCCUGUACAAUUUGAGCACCUUGGAGAUAUUGGACUUGUCGCGCAAUCUCUUUUCCACCAUUGAUUUUUACAAACUUAGCGGAACUCUUAAUUUAAGGCAACUAAAUCUAAAGGACAACAAAAUCACAUCCCUUACCGGCUUCAAUGCCGUCAAUCUCACCCAACUCGACACCGUCGACCUAAGUGGCAAUCAUUUGCUCUCCUUGCCAGCCAACUUCCUAAGGAACUCCAUAAAUCUGCAAAAAGUCGACUUAUCCAGUAAUCGUUUUCUACAAAUACCUAGCUCCGCCCUAUCGGAUAUCUCCUUGCCUAGACUCUCCUGGCUAAAUUUAACCGGUAAUCCCAUCAACACUAUUUACACGGUAAUCGAAGAAAGAUAUCCCUAUCUCAAGGAGCUCUACAUAUGUCAAACCAAUCUCUCCAUACUUACCUCCUACGAUUUCAAAGCCUUCAAAGCUUUGCAACAUUUACACCUGGUCAACAAUCGCAUAACACGAAUCUCUCCCGGAGCAUUCACGAAUCUCACCAAUCUACUCACCUUGGAUAUUAGCAUCAAUGAAUUGGAACUUUUGCCCAUUGAACGUUUGAAGGGUCUAAAUAAUCUUCGAGUGCUGAAUAUUUCCCAUAAUAUUUUACGGGAACUAGAUGAAUUCUCUUCAGAUUUGGUGCAGCUACAAGUUUGUGAUUUAUCUUUUAAUCAAUUGGAUCGGAUAUCGAGAUUCACUUUUACUCAUCUACAUAAUUUGGUGGAGCUAUAUUUAAUGGGGAAUCGUAUGACUGUCUUGUCGGUGGAUGCUUUCCGAUAUUUGCGUAAAUUGCAUAUUUUGGAUUUGAGAAAGAACUAUUUUGAGCUGGUACCCAUUGAGGCAUUGAAGCCACUGGAGGCGAACAUUAAGACGCUACGAUUGGAAGAAAAUCCACUGCAUUGCAGUUGUGAUGCCCAAAAACUCUGGGAAUGGUUACGUGAUCAUCGCAAAUGGUCUUCAUGCAAUUUAAGGUGCGAACAUCCGGCUGAGUUGCGUGGCAAGAUAUUUGCCAAAAUGGAGCCGCAACAAUUCUGUGAUGCACCAUUAAUACCAAAAAUUGCCAUACAGGAUAUCCAACCAUAUUCGGUUAUUGUAUCCUGGCAAAGUCGUGAGCAUUUAGGAUUAAACGGCUAUGAAAUUGUUUAUCAUGCCAUUGUUGGUGAUGGCAUUCACGAUAUACGCGGCAAACGCCUCAAUGGUUCGGCACAUUCAGCCAAAUUAACAAAACUUAGCCCAAAUACACGUUACCAUAUUUGUGUUAUCGGCACCGGUAAUUGGCUAUCGGAGCCUGUGGCAAACGCCCUACAAAGGAUACAUGUUAACGAUAGCUUCCUUAUGGCGCCACGUGAUGAACCCAACGCAGCAAUGUAUCCCUUUGCCUCCGCCUCCUCAUCCUCGUCUUCGCCAUCGUAUUCCGUGCCGGAGGGAGCCGGCUAUACACCCUAUCAUUUAUCGUAUACGGGUAGUUUGUUUAAUACAAAUAGCAUGACCUUUGGCGAACAUCCAUCGCUGGCCCAGCCACAACAACAGCAGGCCCUAAUCGAAAACACCGUGGCCAGCGACAAUGCCCUGCAAGAAGUUCUCAAAAAUUCACGUUUUUCCACCUGCACCGAUGUCCAGACACUCGACUCAACGCCCAGUGUUAUCACCGACGAAAAUGGCCUGGCCACUAAUGGCUUCAUCCAUUCCAUACUUACACGACGUCUCGGUCUGAUUGUGGGUUGUUGCAUGGGCAUCAUUGUUUUCAUCGUCAUGAUAUCUGUGCUGAGCUAUGUGAAGCUGAAGAAACAACGCAUUGAGAAUGCCAAACGCCAGGCCGCUCUGCCACCCGAUUACAUGUCCUAUCGUCAUUUCUCAAUACCUAAUGAGGAGUUGCUGAGAACUGGGACGGCCGGUACGGUCAUGUCAAGUGUGCCGAGUGGCAUUAGUGCUCACAUCAGUGGCACAAGUCUAAGUACGAGUGCAACGACAACGGCCACGGCCACAACACCUCUUGGAAUUUUAAAAGUAACUGAAAGUCUGAAUAGUAGCAUGGGUGUGGGUGGGGGUGGCAUUCCUGCGACAACAGCAACGUCUACCGGUAAUGCGGUUAUGGCUGGAGGCAAUGGAACUUUAAUUUCAGUCUCUCAGUCGGAGAGUGGUGCGGCGGCCGCAGCGUCUGUAACAACAUCGUCGUCGUCUGGCACCGGAACAAAUAACCAUCAUCACAUGCCAACGCAUCAUCACAAUCACCAUAACCAUCAGCACGCUUCCCAACAGCAUUAUCAACAAGGAAAUGGCAAUGUCGUUGGCUAUAUGGCGGCAGGAGUCGUGCUAGGUGCAAAUCAUUUAAAUAACGUCGCCUGUUAGUAGUCGUUAGUUGUAGCGGAUAGCUGGAAGAUGGGAGUUCUGUGAAAGAGCUGUCCUUUUAUGCCACACUAGGAUGUUGGUGGUUAAAUGCUGAUACCAGAUUCAAUUUAAAAAAGAAAAUAAAAAACCCUAACAAGUAAGGAAAAAUAAAAUGAAAAAUAAAUUGCGAAAUAUUAUAGAAUAUGAAUAUCUUUAGUUAUUUUGUAAAAGUGUUGUAUGAGUGUGAGUGUGUGAAUUUUGUAUACCCUUUGUAUGUGUGUCUGUGAGGUGUGUGUGAGUGUACUUUUAUAGAUUUUAUUUUAUAUAUUUUUUCAUGCAGUCAGACAAAGAUUUUAUAAAGAUUUGGCAUUUGAGACAAAGCUUAAAUGUAGUUGAAAUGUGCACAGUGAAGGGAAUUUUACUCUUUUUUAAUUAAU